AUGACCUUCACAGUCUACCUGAAGUCCUGCCUUCCCUCUCCUGUGAGGAGUUGGAUUCUACAAAAGAAACCAAAUGUCAGAAACAUGUCCAGCACUGCUGGGGGGCUCCAGCCUGCCAGCGUCGUGGUCCUGCCCAGGUUCCUUGCUCCAGCUUUUGAAAAGUUCUGCCAGGCCAACAGUGGCCCUCUGCUGCUGCUGGGCCAAAGUGAGCCAGGCAAGUGGAUGUUGCCCACCCUGGGUACUGUCCCAGGCACCAGGACGGGCUGUCCCCGGUUCCGGAAGUAUGAGCUCGGCACUUGCAUGGGCAGCCUGACCUCACUGGAGGAGACUUCGGAGCAGCUGAAGGACACGGUGACCUUCCUCCUGGGCGGCAACUUCUCCCUAGAAGGGGCCUGGGAGAAGGUGGGGCUCCCCAGAAGGGACCCAGCAGGCCAUGGCCACAUGGGUGCAAACAAGACAGCAGUGCCUUGUGCCACCAUCGCUGGCUUCUGCUGCCCUCUGGUGGUCACAAUGAGGCCUGUUCCCAAGGACAAGCUGGAAGGACUCGUGCAGGCCAGUUGCUCUAUGGGGGGUGAGCAAGGACAGCCCGUUCACAUCAGGGACCCCGAAUUGUUGGGCAUCAAAGAUCUUUCCAAACCUGACGACGGGGAGCCUGUGUUGUGGCAGCCAGGGCAAGUGCCAGUGUUCUGGCCUUCUCAGCUGACCAGUCUCUAAGCUGUCAGCCCCUGUGAGACUCCACUGGCUUUCACCAGCACACCAGGUUGCACAGUUAUGACUGACCUAAAGGUUACAGCAGCUCUGGCCAGAUGUCUCACCCCGAGGAUGCCAGAGGUCCAUCACAUUUCCCAGGAUCCUUUGCGCUAUAGCAUGACAUCAGCUUCAGCUGCUCAAAAGAUCAGACACCUGGAGACAAUAAUCGCCAUCGACCCAGGCAGCCGGGGGAUCGGACACCUGCUCUGUCCAGGUGAGCUGCUGCGGGUCUCCCUGUCGCUGUCCCACUCCUUCUCCGUGCUCCUCAUCACCGGACUCCCCACGCAUUUCAAUCACGAGCCCCCGGAAGAGACGGACGGCCCCCCGGGAGCCGUGGCCAUGGCCGCCUUCCUGCAGGUCUUGGGGAAGGGGCUCUCCAUGGUCGUCGACCAGAGAGCCUUGAGUUUGCACGAGAAGCUUGUUGACGAGGCUGUAGAGCAAGGUGUUCUGAAGACGCAGAUCCAGAUAUUAACUUACCAAGGUGGAUCGGCGGGAGCUGCUCAGGCGUUUCUAUGCAGAGAUGGGGACCCCAAGUCACCCAGGUUCGACCAUCUGGUGGCGAUCGAGCGCACGGCAAGGUCUGCCGACGAUGGCAAUUACUACAACGCGAGGAAGAGGAACAUCAAGCACUUGGUGGACCCCAUAGACCAUCUUUUCCUUGCAGCACAGAAGAUUCCUGGAAUCUCAUCAACUGGGGUCGGUGAUGGAGGCAACGAGCUCGGAAUGGGCAAAGUCAAGGAGGCCGUGAAGAGGCACAUACGGAAUGGGGACGUCAUUGCCUGUCAUGUGGAGGCUGACUUUGCAGUCAUUGCUGGCGUUUCUAACUGGGGAGGUUAUGCCUUGGCCUGUGCACUGUACAUCCUGAACUCAUGUGAGGUCCACAGCUAUUACCUGAGGAAGGCAGUUGGGCCCUUCAGAGCACCUGGGGAACAGAACUGGACUCAGGCCCUCCCAUCCAUCACUAAGGAAGAAAAAAUGUUGGGUAUCCUGGUGUGGCACGGAGUCUGCAGUGGAGUCUCGGGCACCCUGGGCAUGGAGGUGGACGGGCUGCCCUUCCACGACACUCACACCCAGAUGAUCCAGAAGCUGCUGGGCAUCACCAUGGCGCGAGGGUGA